AUGCUUAUUGUUUUAGUUCACCAAUACCUCUCAGAAAAACAUAAGCCUAUAUUUGCGAUUCUCAAUCAACUAAAGGGUGUUUUGGGUAGUGACACUAUUCCAAAACAUGGGGGAGAUAAUGAAAAUAAAGAAGAAACCCACAAGGAAGAACCCAAACAAAAGAAAAAGAUCGAUGAGCAUCAGGAACAAAAACCGAAGGUCGCCCAGAAGGGUAAUGAAGUUUUUGGGUCAAAAGUUAAAGAAAAGAAUUUUAUUGAUGAUGAUUAUGAAGAACUCCCUGAAGGAGGAAAACUAGUUAGAAAGAAGAGAGACAAGGAACUUGAUCAUCUUUUAAUUCUUCAGAGGGAGUUUGAAGAAAAGAGGUUGAAGCUAAAAUAG